CAAAAAUGAACAUGAUCUGAAUAUGGAAAAGAAGGGUGAAAAAUGCGAAAAAGAAGCAGCAGCUGAACUGAAACACACCAUAACAACCUGUAGACUUGGAAACCAAAAAAGAGUAAUAAACAUAAACCCCAUUGCAGAAGCAGAGAGCGCUUAAUCCCAUCUCCAACACUUGUGGUCUUCUUGAAGCGUUUUUAUCUCCUUCUUUUUUUCUUUUUUAAUCAGUUUCAUAGGCACCGUUUGGUUUUCUUCACCAUUUCGAGCACACAUUUGUGAACGUGGAGGGGCAGUGCCAAGACUCUUCUUUUUUAAGUGGUGGAGUUGCCCUUUGAUGCAUUGCACGUAGAUCCAGUUGCAAGCUCAGUUCUUGAUACCAUCCCCAUUAUCAAAAUGGUUGCUGCUACCACUCCUAUAGUUGGGUCCCAUGUUUGGGUUGAGGAUUCUGAAGUAGCAUGGAUAGAUGGUGAAGUCUUGGAGGUUAAUGGAGAAGAAGUUAAAGUCUCUUGCACUUCAGGGAAGACGGUUGUUGUUAAAGUGUCCUGUAUUUAUCAUAAAGACACUGAAGUUCCGCCAAGUGGAGUAGACGAUAUGACAAAGCUUGCAUACCUACACGAACCUGGUGUACUAGAAAAUCUGAGAUCAAGAUAUGAUAUCAAUGAAAUUUACACUUACACUGGAAAUAUAUUGAUUGCGGUGAACCCUUUUGUAAAGCUUCCUCAUUUAUAUGAUAGUCAUAUGAUGGCACAAUAUAAAGGAGCAGUGUUUGGUGAGCUAAGUCCACAUCCCUUUGCUGUUGCAGAUGCUGCAUAUAGGCUUAUGAUAAAUGAGGGAAUCAGCCAGUCAAUAUUAGUCAGCGGUGAAAGCGGAGCUGGUAAAACAGAAAGUACUAAGUUGCUCAUGCGGUAUCUUGCCUACAUGGGAGGGAGAGCUGCUGCUGAAGGUAGAACUGUUGAGCAAAAAGUCUUGGAGUCCAAUCCUGUUCUUGAAGCCUUUGGGAAUGCAAAGACGGUUAGGAACAAUAAUUCAAGUCGUUUUGGUAAGUUUGUGGAGAUUCAAUUUGAUCAGAGGGGAAGAAUUUCAGGAGCUGCUAUCAGAACAUAUCUGCUGGAAAGAUCGCGUGUUUGUCAGCUAUCAGACCCAGAGAGGAAUUAUCACUGUUUCUACAUGCUCUGCGCUGCACCGCAGGAGGAGAUUAUGAAGUACAAGUUAGGACAUCCAAAAACAUUUCACUAUCUGAAUCAAUCAAAUUGCUAUGAGUUAGAAGGGAUUGACGAACAUAAAGAAUAUAUAGCUACAAGGAGAGCAAUGGAUGUUGUUGGAAUGAGUUCUGAGGAGCAGGAUGCAAUAUUUCGAGUUGUUGCUGCAAUUUUGCAUCUUGGCAACAUUGAGUUCAUGAAAGGGAAGGAGAUAGAUUCAUCUGCUCCAAAAGAUGAGAAAUCUCGGUUCCAUCUACAGACCGCAGCUGAGCUUUUCAUGUGUGAUGCUAAGGCACUUGAAGAUUCUCUUUGCAAACGAGUAAUUGUUACUCGUGAUGAAACAAUUACAAAAUGGCUGGAUCCAGAAGCUGCUGCACUCAGCCGAGAUGCUUUGGCUAAGAUCGUUUAUGCAAGGUUGUUUGACUGGUUGGUUGACAAGAUUAAUAGUUCAAUUGGACAAGAUACUGACUCAAAAUCCUUAAUUGGUGUGCUUGAUAUUUAUGGUUUUGAGAGUUUUAAUAUCAACAGUUUUGAGCAAUUUUGUAUUAAUUUGACCAAUGAAAAGCUUCAGCAACAUUUUAAUCAGCAUGUUUUCAAAAUGGAGCAGGAAGAAUACAAGAAGGAGGAGAUCGAUUGGAGUUAUAUUGAAUUUGUUGACAAUCAAGAUAUUCUAGAUCUCAUUGAAAAGAAACCUGGUGGCAUUAUUGCUCUUUUGGAUGAAGCUUGCAUGUUUCCUAGAUCAACACAUGAAACUUUUGCUCAAAAGCUGUAUCAGACCUUCAAAAACCAUAAAAGGUUUAGCAAGCCCAAGUUAUCACUUAGUGACUUCACAAUUUGCCAUUAUGCUGGUGAUGUCACUUAUCAAACUGAUUUAUUCCUCGACAAGAACAAAGAUUAUGUUGUAGCUGAACACCAAGCACUUCUUUAUGCUUCUAAAUGCCCCUUUGUAUCGGGUUUGUUUCCACCUUCUCCUGAAGAAUCAUCCAAACAAUCAAAGUUCUCUUCAAUUGGUUCACGAUUUAAGCAACAAUUGCAAUCCUUGCUUGAAACUCUCAGUUCCACUGAGCCACAUUACAUCCGUUGUGUGAAACCCAAUAAUUUUCUCAAGCCAGCAAUUUUUGAGAAUAAAAAUGUCUUGCUGCAACUCCGUUGUGGGGGAGUUAUGGAGGCAAUUAGGAUUAGCUGUGCUGGGUAUCCCACUCGGAAAACCUUUGAUGAAUUUGUGGAUCGAUUUGGCCUUCUUGCACCUGAUGCUUUGGUCGGAAGGUAUCUAAGUUGUUCAUCUUCCUUAUCAUGCAUGUCAUAUUCUAAAAAUGACCACUUAUCUCAUGUUUUCGUUAUCAGCUCCGAUGAAGUUCAAGCUUGCAAGAGGAUUCUGGAGAAUGUUGGACUUGAAGGCUAUCAGAUUGGUAAAACAAAGGUUUUUCUUCGAGCUGGUCAAAUAGCAGAAUUAGACACCCGCAGAAGUGAGAUCUUAGGACGCUCAGCAAGCAUUAUUCAGCGGAAAAUCCGCUCUUAUUUGGCUCGCCAGAGUUUUGUCUCCCUUCGUUUGUCUGCUGUGCAGAUACAAGCCGCAUGCAGAGGACAACUUUCUCGGCAUGUUUACGAGGGAAUGCGGCAGCAGGCUUCUAGUUUGGUGAUUCAGAGAUAUUUCCGCAUGUAUAACGCUAAGAAGGCAUACGAAGAAUUAUAUAUGUCUGCUGUCUGUAUUCAGACUGGUUUGCGGGUAAUGGCUGCUCGUUGUGAGCUAUGCUUUAGAAGGCGUACUAGAGCAGCGAUUAUCAUUCAGAGCCAUUGCAAGAAGUACUUGGCACAACUUGAUUUUAUGAAAUUAAAGAAGGCAGCAAUUGCAACACAAUGUGCAUGGAGAGGAAAAAUGGCGAGGCGAGAACUGCGGAAACUCAAGAUGGCUGCAAGAGAAACAGGAGCUCUCCAAGCUGCUAAAAAUAAGCUUGAAAAGCAAGUUGAAGACCUUACAUUGAGGUUGCAGCUGGAAAAACGUUUGAGGGUUGACAUGGAAGAAGCGAAAACACGGGAAAAUGAAAAAUUACAAUCUGCUUUGGAUGAGAUGCAACUUCAGUUUAAAGAAACUAAAGUACUUCUUGAAAAGGAGCAGAAGGCUGCAAAAAGAGCAAUGGAGAUUGUACCUGUCAUACAGGAGGUUCCAGUUGUUGACCACUCUUUGUUGGAGAAGCUUAGUAGUGAAAAUGAAAAACUUAAGAACUUGGUGAAUUCACUGGAAAAGAAAAUUGAUGAAACAGAGAAAAGGUAUGAAGAGGCAAAUAGAAUUGGUGAAGAAAGGUUGAAGCAAGCUUUGGAUGCAGAAUCGAAAGUAAUCCAGCUGAAGACUGCUAUGCAAAGGCUUGAAGAGAAAUUCUCAGAUAUCGAAUCUGCAAACCAUAUUCUUCAGAAACAAUCUCAGCUAAACUCAUCUGUGAAAACAAUAGCAGAACACAUCGCAACACCUAUAGAGGAGAAGCUGGAAAAUGGUCACCAUGUCGUUGAAGAGCAUAAAGCUGUUGAAACGUGUGUUACGCCUGUGAAACUAUUUGGUACAGAUUCUGACAGUAAAUUGAGGAGGUCUUACAUUGAACGACAACAUGAGAAUGUUGAUUUACUUGUCAACUGUGUUAUGAAAAAUAUUGGCUUCAAUAAUGAAAAGCCUAUUGCUGCUUUUACCAUUUACAAAUGUCUUCUACACUGGAAAUCAUUUGAAGCCGAAAGAACUAAUGUAUUUGAUCGCCUUAUCCAGAUGAUUGGUUCUGCAAUUGAGGAUGAAGAUGGAAAUAAUCUUAUGGCCUAUUGGUUGUCUAAUACCUCUGCGUUAUUAUUUUUACUCGAACAAAGCCUUAAAUCUCAUGGUGCAUCAACUGCUACCCCAGCUAAAAAACCACCUAAUCCAACAUCCCUCUUUGGAAGAAUGACCAGGAGUUUUCUCUCAUCCCCUUCUUCUGCAAACCUUGCCACCCCUGCAUCGGAGGUUGUACGCAAGGUAGAGGCUAAAUACCCGGCUUUACUUUUCAAGCAACAGCUCACCGCCUAUUUGGAGAAAAUUUAUGGCAUCAUUCGGGACAACUUGAAGAAGGAGUUAACACCAAUGCUUGCAUUAUGUAUCCAGGCACCAAGAACAUCAAAAGCAACGUUACGGUCUUCUGGUCGAUCCUAUGGUAAAGAUUCUCCUAUGGUUCACUGGCUGACUAUUAUCGAAUCCCUCAACACCCUCCUCUGUACUCUGAAAGAGAACUUUGUGCCUCAAGUUCUUAUCCAAAAGAUUUUCAGUCAAACAUUCUCGUAUAUUAAUGUCCAACUCUUUAAUAGUCUUCUUCUGCGCCGUGAUUGUUGUACGUUCAGCAAUGGGGAAUAUGUGAAAGCUGGAUUAGCUGAAUUAGAACUGUGGUGCUGUCAGGCCAAGGAAGAGUAUGCAGGGUCAUCUUGGGAUGAGCUCAAGCACAUAAGACAGGCUGUUGGAUUCUUGGUAAUUCAUCAGAAGUAUAGGAUUUCCUAUGAUGAAAUCAUUAAUGAUUUAUGCCCUAUCCUAAGUAUCCAGCAGCUGUAUAGAAUAUGCUCGCUUUACUGGGAUGCUAACUACAAUACUCGAAGCGUAUCUCCUGAUGUCCUUUCAAGCAUGAGGAUGCUUAUGGUCGAGGACUCCAAUAACGCUCAGAAUGAUUCUUUCUUGUUGGAUGAUAGCUCCAGCAUUCCUUUCUCAGUGGAUGACCUGUCUAUAUCACUGCAAGAGAAGGAUUUCUCAGACAUGAAACUGGCGGAGGAGCUUCUCGAGAAUCCAGACUUCCAAUUUUUAAAUGAGUAGUAGGCAUAGUCACAAAUGGUUCUUGUUGUUGGUCCUUGCCAUUGGUGCCUUUGUAAAUGCCAUGUUUUCUUUUAUUGUUUUUGGUUUAUCCCUGAUUCCCUGUAUCAUCUUGCCCCUCAUGUAAAUUUAUUCUUUUCAUUCUUUGGUUGGCAUUCAAUUGUAAAAAUUCAAAUCUUCAGCAUUUCUAGGGGCAGGGAUAUAUAAUAUAUGGUAGGAUUAGUGAAGGAGCUUUAAUUGGUUUCUUUUGGUAAAUC